AUUUCCCCUUCCUUCCUCCUUUUCCCCCAUUGUCUCGCCCCCAUUGCUCUCCCUCCCCCCCUCUCCCUCCUCACCCUCCACUUCCAUCGGAUCUCUGCUGUUCAAGCCUGUGUUUCUCACCAAGGAGCAGCGGCAGGCUCUAGCGCUGCAGAGGCGCAAGGCAGAGGCUACGGCUCAGAUGAGAAAAAUUGAGAACCAACGGCGGGCGCUCAGAGGACUCCCUCCCCUGCCUGAUGAGAAUGCAGAGGACGGUGCUGCAGAGGGCAAGGAUGGGGUGAAGGCUGUGGAUGCGACUUUGAGUCGACUCUUAACUUUUCUCGUUCUCCCUUUUUCCUCUUUUGAUAUUCCGGCAGAUGAGAAUGCAGAGGACGGUGCUGCAGAGGGCAAGGAGAGGGGAAAGCGCGUGCUUCAUACCAACACACCCCUCCUGGCCCAAACUUUCCAUCCGUUUCCUCUCCCGCCCAUACUCCCUUCUUCCCCCCUUUUCCCCCUUUCCCCUCCCCUUUUUCCCCUUCCUCCCCUUUUUUCCCACCCCCUUUCCCCUUUGCCUUCCUCCAUUCCCUCCUGCCGCCUCCACGGGCAGUACCUGGGGCUGCGCAAGCCCAAGAAGCGAGUGAUCAAGCCGAGUGAGAAGUUCCGAUUCUCCUUCGACUGGGAGAACACAGAGGACACCUCACGCGACCUCAACCCCCUCUACCAGAACCCCCACGAGGCGCAGUUGCUGUUUGGACGAGGCUUCAGGGCCGGAGUGGACAGGAGGGAGCAGAAGAAGCUUGCAGCAAAGAAUGAAGCAGACAUGCGGGCAGCCAUUCGGGAGAAGGAGGGUGUGGAGGAGAGGCCAGAGGAUGCGGAGGCGCAGCAGAAGAGGGAGGAGGCUGCGAACGCAUAUGACACGUUUGACAUGCGCGUUGACCGGCACUGGUCCGAGAAGAAGCUGAACGAGAUGACAGAGCGUGACUGGCGCAUUUUCCGGGAGGAUUUCAACAUUGCGUACAAGGGCUCCAAGGUGCCUCGUCCCAUGCGCAACUGGGAGGAGAGCGGGCUGUCAGCAGAGCUGCUACGUGCCGUGAAGGAGAUCGGCUACACGAAGCCGUCGCCCAUCCAGAUGGCUGCCAUGCCCAUCGGAUUGCAGCAGAGGGAUGUUAUCGGCAUUGCUGAGACUGGUUCCGGCAAGACGUGUGCCUUCGUGCUGCCCAUGCUGACGUACAUCUCCAAGCUGCCGCCCAUGACCGAGGCCAACGAGGCUGAGGGGCCGUACGCGGUAGUCAUGGCGCCCACCAGAGAGCUGGCACAGCAGAUCGAGGAGGAAACAGUCAAGUUCGCGCAGUUCAUGAAUCUCCGGGUGGUGUCGAUUGUGGGAGGGCAGUCCAUCGAGGAGCAAGGCUUCAAGCUGAGACAGGGCUGUGAGAUUGUGAUUGCCACGCCAGGGCGGCUGCUGGACUGCUUGGAGCGGCGCUAUGCCGUGCUGAACCAGUGCAACUACGUGGUGCUGGAUGAGGCUGACCGCAUGAUUGACAUGGGCUUCGAACCGCAGGUGACAGGAGUGCUAGAGGCCAUGAACACAACGUUCCUCAAGCCGGAGAGCGAGGACGCAGAGCUGGACGCCUCCCGCAUCUACCGCGUGACCUACAUGUUCUCCGCCACCAUGCCUCCCAGCGUUGAACGCCUGGCCCGCAAGUACCUCCGCAACCCCGUUGUGGUUACUAUUGGCACGGCAGGCAAGGCAACGGAUCUGAUCACACAGAACGUGUUCAUGGUGAAGGACUCGGAGAAGAUCUCCCGCCUGCAGCGCCUUUUGGAAGGGAUUGGGGAGGACCGCACGGCCAUUGUGUUUGUCAACACCAAGAAGACGGCCGAUGGUGUUGCCAAACAGAUCGACAGGAUGGGGUUCAAUGUGACGACGCUGCAUGGAGGCAAGACGCAGGAGCAGCGGGAGGUCAGCCUGGAGGGCUUCAGAACGAAGAAGUUCAACGUGCUGGUGGCCACGGAUGUGGCCGGCCGUGGUAUUGACAUCCCGGACGUGGCACAUGUCAUCAACUUCGACAUGCCAGGCAACAUUGAGAUGUACACUCACCGCAUUGGGCGAACGGGGCGUGCAGGCAAGACAGGCGUGGCCACCACCUUCCUCACGCUGCACGACUCGGAGCUCUUCUACGACCUCAAGCAGAUGCUUACUCAGAGUGGUUGUGCCGUACCUCCCGAACUCGCCCGGCACGAAGCUGCCAAAUUCAAACCAG